AUGGGAGAUUCGUUGCUACUAGCUAAGCUAUCUGAGGGUAACUUAUUUGCAAGAGAUGCUUGCUACCACCAUCAAUGUUUCACAGAAUUCAGAAACAGAUAUCGGACAUUUCUGACACCCGAAAAUCCCGACACUGCUAGGAUGAAAGACAUUGAAAACUCUGUACUAUCUGAAACAUUGAUGUAUAUUGAAGAAAAUCUUGCAACGAGUACAGACACUGACGUAGCGACAUUGAUAAAAUUGUCUGACAUAAGAAAGUUUUAUGACCACAGUUUAGCAAGGUUGACUGGCAAGGAAAGUAAUGUGAAUGUUACACGGCUUAAAGAUAAGAUUCUCUAA